AUGGAUUCUAACACUACCUUCACCCGAUCAUACGACGAAUCGUUGAUUCGAGAAUUACCCCAGCUCCAGAGUCUCCGCAUAGCUCCUCUCCGUCAGCCCGUCUCGCGCUUGCUGAGCGUGCCUUCGCCGCUGGAGCCGAAUGCCAGCCGAGUCCGCGAGGCUACCGCUGCUCCCACGCCCACUAGCUCGGCGGGCAUUCUGCCUGGCCUCCGGAAUAAUGAUUCCGUGGCCGCGGUUCCCGCGGAGCGUCUGAACCAUACAUCGCGGCCGCCGAAGAAGAAGACUGAUCCCUCCGUGGAUUCGCUCCUUAGCCUCGAGCCCCCGCCGCCCAAGCCCAUCCUUCCCGCCUUUGUUAAUCUCCGUGCUCUAGAACGAUUCCCUUAUUCAUCGUUCGACGAUGAUUCCCAUCAUUCCCGCAAGCGGCGCCGCGUCGGGGUGCAGGCCGAGACCUUCGCCGAGCAUCUGCAGCUGCCCAUCCCGCAGGCUCAGAAGGAACAGCGCCCACCCCCAUUCGGGCCCUUUGCGAUCCUCAAUGGGCUCAACGAACCUCCCCCCAAUGCCGCUCUUCUGCCGCCCAUCGAAGCCGGCUCGAGCCUUACGCAGCUGCUGACUAAACCCUCCCGGGACAGCUCGGUCGUUGAGCCGGCUUCGCUGGCCACUUCCUUCGGGGAGGGUCCGACAGGCGAAAGACGAGAGGGCAGGAUCGAGGAUAUUCUGGCCUCUCCCAUUGCCACGAAGACGGCCCUGAGCGGUCGCGGUGGCGCUGUGGUCAUCGGACUACCAGACGACCCGGUCGUCCCGAAUCGGCCGCCGCCAUGUGACAAGACCGACGACGGGGAAUCGGACGACAAGAAGUCAUCCUCUGCCGACGAACACGAGGAGCCCAUAUCCCCCAAGACACGGGGCCGUUCUCGUAAGAACCUUCGCAAGUGGACAGAGGAGGAAACCACGGCUCUGUUACGUGGGGUGGUCAAGUGCGGCAUUGGGAACUGGACGGCGAUCCUGGCUCAGCCGGAAUUGAAGUUCAACAAGCGCAGCGCUUCCAACUUGAAAGAUAGGUUCCGCGUAUGCUGUCCCUGGGCCUACCGGGCUGCCGACCCGAACGAAGCGACGCGGCAAUUGCACGACACUCUGGCCAAUGCCCUCUCGCGGGCCGAGACGGAAGGCUCUGAUGGCACAGCCGGGAAGAUUCACUUGCCGCAUCCCCGACCAGCCAAUGCGGAGUCCCUCUCGGUAGGGAACAGCGUGACGGUUGGCUUGAAUGAGCCAUCCUCUGGCAGUAGCGGCAGCAGCUCCUCGAACCCCAAGGAGACCGCUCCGAAGACCACCAACUCUAAGCCGAAUUCCACGGCCAAGGCAACUCCUACUCUAACAAGCAAAUCCAAAUCGACCUUGGAGUCCCUGGGUAUCCCGGAGCCGCAUUUUGCCAUGAAAUCCCGGCGUCGUUCCCGACGGCCAUUCACCGUGGCCGAGGACGAAGCUCUACUCAAAGGGUAUGCGGUGCAUGGGUUCCAAUGGACACUAAUCCAGCAGGAUACACGGCUGAACCUCGGCCAUCGCAGAGCCACGGACCUGCGCGAUCGGUUCCGGACCAAAUUCCCGCACGCGUACCGCGACGGAGGUUCUGUGAGCGGUCGAACCCUCCACGACCAGGGGAAGGAGGCUUCCGACGCGAGAGAUGACGACGGUACGAGCUCAGGCAGUAAGCAGGGUGCACAGCCUUCCAAGCCCCAAGAAAAACGAUCCGAUCUCCCAGGCCAGUCCACCCUAGGACCCAUCGACCCUGCUCUCCCCCCGCCUGCUCCGCCUCAGGGCUUACUAGAAAGCUCAUCUAAUGCAGCUGCAGCUGCAACCGCCUCGGUACCCGGCGCCGUAUUCGCCUUCCCACUGGACGAAAACACAGGGACUAGUGAUAACACUCCAUGGACGGAUAAUACAUUGGCGCCGAUGGUGUGGGAUGAGAUC